UCGCGUCAGCAGCAACUUCAACAACAGCAACACCUCCACUUCCACUCCCAAUACCCCCAAUACCAAUAACGAACAAUAAUAGUGAUAACUUGUCACAAAACACGAGCGGAUCGGUGACAGGCCAACAGCCAAUUAGAGUGGACAUCCUAAAAAUAAAAGGACAAUUGAGCGAUGCACUGGGGGAUAGUGCCACUACUUAUUGGUCGUUGAUCAAAAAUUAUAUGGCUGGUCGAAGUUCGCGGCAGGCUCUGGAGGAUUCAUUGCGGCCGAUAUUGUUUUCCCAACAAACAUUGAAGCUGCACAAUGAAUUUUUGUUUGGGCUAACAUACAAUGCAUAUAAUGCUGAUGGGCCGCCGGCGGUCGAAGUGGAUGAAUCAGAGACGAGAAGAAAAAAGCAUGGGAGGGAUGAGGAAAAUUCACAAGGAGGGGAUGAUGAGGGACCACAAAGAAAGAGAAAGAAGAUAAAGGAUUUAGUGAUGUCGUUAGGACGUGAUGAGAGAAAAAGAAUAAAAGAGAUAUCGAAGAAUCCCAGCAGAGAUAUAAAAAAUUCCAUGAGCAUGUUUCCUAUUAGUCUGGACAUUAUGCAAGCGCCAUUACCAUCAUCAUCAUUAAUGCCAAUAAAUCAUCCACCAUUGUCAUUACCAGAAUUACAGCAAAGGCCUCAAGACCACUCGUAUCCGCUGUCAUGCGUGGAAACUCUCAGCCUUCCAACACGAGAGAAUUUGAGGGCACGCUUGCAGCAGGCCACAUUGCGAAAUAAUCAAAAUCCAGAGAUACCGGAAGACUGUGUGGAAUUGUUGAAUUAUGGACUGGAGACGCAUAUUAAGACAAUAAUAGCGGAAGUUCUAAAGAAAACUCGAACAGGUGGAACACUCGGACUUCAAACAUCACACACGCGUAAUAGUACAAGCACGAGCCGAGUUCGAACAAUAACCCCAAAGGAUCUCGCAUUCACAUUCAACAUGUCGCCAGAUCUUUUGGUCCAAGAAUCACAAGCACGCGAAAAACUUACGGCAGUUGUACUUCGAGAAGGGCAUUAUGACGAGGAUAAUGAUGAUGAAUUUGAGGAAGAAGAAAUAUAA